CUUAUCACCGGCCACGUUCCACAAACGGCUACGCGUCGACUGCAGCAGCAGCUAAUAAAAUAUAACGUUUAUUACCUACUCGAACGGUUUCGCUCGCGGUCUCAUGAGCCCCCCAUCCUGUUCGGUGCACUAUUAUGUUCUUAUCAUGGACGGCACAAUCAGAGUGCAGUGACAACUACUUUUGCGAUGACAAGUGACAACAGCUUCGUCUCGGUGUCUUGAAUCGGCGGAUUUGUUUCUGCUGCAGCUUCUGUCACAUUUGAUUGUUUGAAGACGAAUUUGCCGACACAGGCAAAAAGGUACCCUAAAGUCGUCGGUGCGUGGCACUAGUGCAUAUUACAAUUGAAUUGAGCUGAUUUAAAACAUGUCUAACAUUUUAUACACUAAAUUGCCACAAACGGAAUUUGAGUCUUCUGGGGUCUCAAAAGUGGACAAUCUAUUAACUGUUAAUCAGUUAGCACGUCAAUUGUUGCCAUUGAAAGUGACUAAUAAAGAAAUAGAUUCCGGUCUUAAAAGGAUAUACUGGUUGGGUAAUUAUACGCACAAGAAAAAACCAAAAGCUGUAGAUAAAUGUAAACCAAAAAACCAAUUGAAACGAAUACUAGGAUUAAAUCAUCCACCAAAAAAUGUUUUGUCAUACACUGAUGCAAUGAAGUUGAAUGAGCUCUGGAUGUCAUACAUGAAAAAAAUUGUUAAUUUUGAUGAUCUCCGCAAAAGAGGAUGGGAUGGUACUCCAGGAUGUAAACAUUGGGAACAAUUCAUGACUUCGUUGUAUAAGUGUGAUUUUCACGGUGCUCACAUUAAAGUGGUCAGUUCCAAAUGUUGUUCAUAUAUUUCGGUGGCAGGUGUUAUAAUUCUUGAAACAAAAAAUACUUUCCAAAUCAUCGGAGUUGAUAAUAAAUUAAAGACUGUACCCAAAGACCAGUGUAUUUUCGAACUAGAAUUUGAAGGAUAUAUCAUUCAGCUUUAUGGUAAACAUUUUGUAGUCAGAUCAAAAGAUCGUUCUAAAAGGAAAAUAAAGGAUAAUCUUAUAUUAGAACUGUGAAAAUUAAGACUAAAAAAAACAGAACCUAUUGUUUAAUAAUGUAUUUUUAUGUAUAAAUUAAAAUUUGUUUUUUAUGCUAAUAA